CUGAAGUAAAACAAAGCAAUGGAUCCUGCUCUGAGUAUUUUUAGUAGGCGCUGAUGAGACAUUUGUUUUGGAAAAAGAAAAAAAAAAAUUAUAGGACACAAAAUUUGCGUAUAUGCCUAUCGGAAGAGCGCAUUUUGUGACAGAGAAAGGAGCGCUCAGCUCGCCCGGCACGCAGGGGGUUGGUUGAUGCUCGCUCCCCACGAAGCGGGAGCAGGAACACCCACCCCGCGGGGCUGUGACGCCCAGCCCCGGGCAGCGCCGGGAGCUGCGCAGGCUGAGCGUGCGGACGGGGAUGAGCGCCUGACCCUGCACGGCAGCGCUGCCGGACCCGCAGGUAUCUCCUGAUCCUGGGAAUAGUAAAUUGAACCAUGCUGCUUCCCACUAAGCGAGUGCUGGGGGAGGGGACUGUUUUCAGUUUGGUAGCUGAUUGUGUUUAUCUUCCUGCUUUAAAAAUAGAAUCACAUCGGGAGGAUUUUGUUUGUCUCCAGCAUCUCCGGGACGUGGGGAUGUCUGCGUUGGAUAUAUUGUGUCUUGCAAAGCCAAAAGACUGGAGCCGUUUGAAGAUUAUGUAACAAUAAAGGUGCAGUUUCCCUCUGGAAAGAGGAAUAAUGGGACCAGGCAUUCAGGAAUAUCCCUUAAUAUUGCACAGAGAGGCACAGCAGAAGGAAAGCCACAGCCACACCAAUGAAAACCACAAAGGAAUGGUAAAUAAUGGAAAAAGCCAUCCAAGCACCAAAGGACUCACUAAACCAAUUUCUUGUGCAAAAUCUCCUCCUGGAAGAUUAGGUAAAAAUGUAUCAAGUGCCAUUGAAAAGAUUUCCCAUAACACUCAAGAUGGUCACCAACCAAAUGCUUAUAAGAAGGGAAGGAACCAGCUGGAUGGCAAUAAUCAGUCAAAAAGGAUCCUGAGUGUUUGCAGCUCACUGCACAGUGCGCAAGGACCAAAGAGGAGUCCCCCAGAAAGAAGGCAAAACGAAUCCUUCCUGCACAGGAGUCCCCCAGAAAGAAGACAAAAUGAAUCCUUCCUGCACAGGAGUCCCCCAGAAAGAAGACAAAAUGAAUCCUUCCUGCACAGGAGUCCCCCAGAAAGAAGGCAAAAUGAAUCCUUCUUGCACAGGAUCCCCCCUGGCACAAAGGGCAGCACACAAGAAAACUUCUGUAGGGCUGAGGAUGUCCCAGUGCAGCAUUUUUAUUGCAGUAAAAAAGAACAGUUGGGAAAGAAUCAUGAAGAAUACAUUGCUGAAGCCAGUCCAGGCUCUUCCAAAUGGCAAGAAGCAUCUGUAGGUGAAAUGUUUCUUGAUUUUGAAUCGGUACAAAUUAUUAAAGAAGAUGCUGAAGAUGAUAGUGCCAGUGACCUCUCUGACUCAGAAAGGAUUCCCAUUCCCCCCUCUCCCUGCACACCACCAGAACUCAUCCUCAGAGCUGAAGAAAUCGACCCAGUUUGUUUGGAACACAUCCCUGAAAUGGGAUUUAAAGAAUCUGAAUAUUACUACCCCGACUUCCUGCCACCCCCUUUCAACUCGUGGGACUUGAAGCAGCUGGCCACCUUUGCCCACGUGGAAGGGAAAGCUGAUUUCCACCCCAAGCCCACGGGAUCCCUGGAGAAGUACCUGGAGCGCCUGCUGCAGCUGGAGUGGCUGCAGAUGCAGACGGUGCAGAGCGAGAGGGGCAGGGCCACCAAAGCCCGGCCCCAGACUGCCCCCGGGCCCAGCCGUGCCCUCAAGAGCCCUGGAAAAGGCAAAGCCUUGCUCAGCCCUGUGCCCCCCAGGCAGGCAGUGCCCCAGGAAAGUGUUGCCAGGCUGCCCAGGAGCUGUUUGGGUCACAGGGCAGAGCCGUGCUCUGAGGAGACUCGCCAGGCGCGCUCCCAUCCAGGUCACCUGAAGGCUCCUGAGAGAAUGGGAUGUGCAGCAUCUUCUCAGAGGCAAACUGGUGAUGUAAGGAGUGAACUGAGAAAGAAACCAGCUGCAAAGCAGCAGCUUCUCAGUCUGCAGCCCCCCGAGAGCAGCUCUAAAAUCCAAAGUGUUGGUAACAUCAGACCCCCUAAGCAAACCCCAGCAUUCCACGGUGCAGCUGCUCCCAUCAAAGGCUUAAAAACAUACGUGUGUACAAAUCCAAAGAAAAAUGGCAAUGCCAGCAAUUAUGUUCCUCCUAAAAAAACAACAGUGGACAGGAAAAUAAAAACAAAUGGCACAAAGCAAACACCACGCAAAUUUCAGUGAGGGAAAACUCAUUAGUGAAUGUUGAUGCUCCUUGACUGCUAGAAAGCAUCUGGCCACUGCAGAAGAAUAUUUUUUUUCUUCACAGGAAGAUCCUGAGAAAAAUGUUCCUGGCACGUGGUUCUGAGUCAGCACUGUUCAUUUCUAUAGAUUUGAUCUUAAGCCAGCAGGAAAUGUUUUCUCUGAAGGCAAAUGUCUUCCAUUGGUCUUUCCUCAAAAAUAUUUAUAAUUGCUCAAUGAAGAUAACAAUAGCACAGUGUGACGUUUAGAGAAGUGUAGAACAUCCUGUCUGCACUAGCUGAGUGUUUCUUGUACUUACCCUGCUGGGUGUGAGGGAAUAGGGUCCAUGCUCUUUCUCUUUGCCCUGAUGUGCUUUUUGUAAGACAGGUUUGAUUUUGGUGUUGUUAUAACAUAAUGGAGCCUGUUAUCUAUGCAAAGUCAACUCUAAUUCUUCAUAGAAGGUGAUGAAUUGGAUUUUUUGGAUGAAAUAGGUAUUAUUUUUUGAGAAGAAGAAGAAUGGAAAUAAUGUUUUGAAAUAUUUUAAUGCGGAAAGAAUUCUUUUUAAGACAAAGUGUUAGGGACCAGACAGCUUCAGGAAUGACAGAUUAAGAAAAUGGAAUGUGUAUUUUUAUACCCUGGAACCUUCACUGUGUUUACAGACAGCUUUCCUGGAAGUUCAUUUUGUAGGCCAUGAUGCUUUUUUUUCAUUUGGGGGAAAUGACCAGAUUUCAAAUUGCACAUGCAUGUAUUUGAGUUGUGAAAACUAAGGCUUUUAGCAAAGACUGUAUGGCCUAGUUUUCAGAACUGGUAGCCUCUCAAAACAUAAAAACCAGAUUCUUAAGAGAAGAAUAAUUUAAAGGGUGUUGAAAGUUCAAGUAAAGAUAUAUUUUGAUACAGAAGAUACCUAUUUUUAGUCAUCUGAGAUGACUCUUAUUUUUCCUGUGGUCCAGUCUAGCUUGGCUUCUUAAGGUUUAGGAAGGUGAGAUGAGGAAGUGUCCUGCAGUAGAAAAUUGUUCGACCAGGAUUGGGUCCUCUCCUUGGGCCUUCUGUCUUCUCUUGUGUCUGUGAGAUACAGGAGAAAGGAAAGUUCUGAGAAUAUUCAAAUAUCACUUGAUCUAUUACAAUUUCAAAUCAAUCACAGCAGCUGGGGACAGGAUCUUGUUAAGAUGAAAUUCUAAAUAAUGUUUGUCACCUUCACUUUAAAAUCCUGGUCAGCAUAUUUUCCUCCUCAGCCACCAGUCCGAGUCUUCAUCAGAAGUGAGCUGAGGUCUGAUGGACCAGAUUCUACAAGAGGAUCCUUCACAUUGUGGUAGAAAAUGAAAAAGUAGCAAAUACUAAAGAGUACAUUAUGUAUAUAGCUAAAUUGCACUUCUCUUGGUGAGCUCAUCUUGGUUUUAAGAUGCUUAGCUGUUUCUAUCUUUCAUUGUGCCUACCAGAUCUUCAGCUUUAUAAAAUUUCAAAGCAUGAAUUUAUAUGUACUUUGAAAAGUGAGAAUAUUAAGAAAUGUAGUAAUAAAGUAGAGUAUUUUACAGUACAUAAAAACAUUGCUCAGGAAUAGUCUAAGAAAUAUUUUUAGUGUUUUUUUCCUAGUCUACUGGAGACCAAACAUGAAAAUUUGAGUUGGUAAAGGAAAUGAAUGUAAUAGACAGUAUUACAUGUCCAGAAUCAGUAUUUGUAAAGUUACACUUAAUAUGAAUUGUAGUUGCAUGUACAUUCAGCUCUAUGCAAUUCAAGUGAAACUGAAUCUGAGAUGCUCAAAGACCAGAGAAAGUGGCUGUGUCAGAGGUGUGGUGGCACUCAGGAUGGGACUGAACACCAGCAGCUGCAGAGGACCAGCACAUCCCAGUGUUGCUGUUUCACCCUUUUGUUUUGGUCCAGCCUCAUGUAUUUCAGCUUUUUUAGAUGAAAUGUUCCUGCACCCAGUGCUAAUAUUUCCAGCUCUGGCCAAAUUCUGCGAGCCUGCCUUAGCCAAGUUUUCCUGAUUCACAUGAGCAGUAGUGAAAAAUAGGAGAGCUGCUUUGCCAAUAAUCAGGAUUUUAAUGCACUGUUCUAGUUCACUGUUACAAGUACCAAACCUGAGGUGAGCAGGAUCCAGGCAAUAAUCAGAAUAGCAGUUUUUAAAAAAUAAAUUCUGAUAGAUGCAGUAAAUAAUUUAGCAUGUUGUUAUAGCAUUGAAUAUUGCUGGAUGCUAAAUUUUCUAAAUGGAAGCUUUCCUGGGUUGUAAGGAGGCCAUGUAGAUACUGGCACAUUUUGCAUGAUCAUUUCUUUAAGAAUAAAUAAACCCCAUUUCAACCAGUUGUGACCAGAGCAAAGGUGAUUGGCACUGGGAAAAGUCUUUUGUCACAGAGGUAGGAAAGUUUUAGUGUUGUGUUUGUCAUCUUAUGGACACCAGUCUGUUGUUGGAGACUAAAAAGAGAAGCAGGUGGAGAUGGUGAUGGCACUUUAAAGAAGUCUGAAAACAUGUUUAUCACUGAGCUCCAUCUGGGAUCUGGCCAAGUAGGUUUGUCUCGUGAUAAUCACACCAGUCUAAUUUCUGUCAUUGAUUUGACACUUCUGACAUGCUUGUCUUUGUUCACACACAGAAAUGAUGUGUUUGCCUCAACAAACAGCUCUUGGCUGAGCAGACCUGCAAGGGCUGGGUUUUAUCCUGUUUCCAUUUUGUCUUCACCAUGUUCUGGGCCUACAGAUGAAAAGAGCUCCUUUUAUGAAGAGGACUGUGGUUUAUAUUUCUUUCAUUUUGUAUUGCUGCAUAUUGUCUUUAGAAGCACUUCUGAACAGAGCAGAAAAAUUUAUUCCAUCAAACAUUCAGUUUAAAAUCAAUUUCUUAAAAUACUUCCACAGCACCAUGUUUGUGUGGCUAUUAGCCUUUUUUUUUACAAGGUUUAGCAAUAUGAUCAUAUGGAUCUAAGCCUAGCACUGGUGAUGCUUCUUGAAGAACAGCUUACUGUGAUGUGAGAUAUUUAAACAGAGUGAUUUAUUUUUUUGCUAGAGAAUGUAAAGAUUUAUUGUUCUGCAGUAUUACCUACAGAACAGAUAUGCUCAGGUUGUAUUUCAAAUAAACAGCCAGACUCUGCUUCAAGUUGCAUGAGUAUAAACUUUGAACAACUCAGUUAUUUUCAGUGAAAUGACCCUGUUAGAAGAUGUGAAGAAACAGAAUUUCACUCUAAUAUGUAUAAACUGUUUUCCUUUAAAAUUUAAAUAUUUAAUAUUUAAAGCAAUAUUGUUUUUCUCUUGCCAUGUUCCUUUUUUCUCCAUUGCUUGCAUCUCAUGCUGAGGGCAGUAAUUUUCCCACCUCGUUUUCAGUUGGAUACAGCAGGAUAAUGCUUCAGGGAGGGAUGUGCUGAUUCCAUUGGGCUAAGCUGUCCUGUUUGACUCCAGACUCCGAGAUCUGCCCUCAUCCUGUCACUGUUCGUGUCCUUUCUGUGUUUCAUUCAUUGUUUCAGGUAACUUUGACCUUGUAUUUGCUAUUUAAAGGAUCUUGUUAGAAUUCCGAGAGAAUUUUGACAGUUUUUUGAGCCAGUAUGUGCUUUUUUGGAGCUGAUACAUAAAAUUUCUACAGUAUGAAAUUGCCUAGAAUGCACUAUUUUUUGCCUUAUUUUAAAGGUAAUGAGCCUUUGUUGCUCCCAUUGCAUUAGUGGUUUUUCAUCUGAAAAAUACACAGACCACGCUGGAAGGACUGAACUUGAUUAACUGAGGAUUUGCAGACCAGCUUUUGAUGUUGGUAUUCAUGUAUUCUUAUUUAUUUGAACUUUUUGUGGAUAUUUUUGCUAGUAAUUCCUUGAGAAAGUGAUCUUGUCAUUCAAAGGUCCCGUAUAUUUGCUACAAUAAAAGUGAGAUACUG